GGGGCGGGAUGAACGCCGACUUCCGGCGGGUGAGCGCGGGAGCAAGAUGGCUACUACCAAGCGUGUGCUGUACGUGGGUGGGUUGGCAGAGGAGGUGGACGACAAAGUUCUUCAUGCUGCUUUUAUCCCUUUUGGAGACAUCACAGAUAUUCAGAUUCCUCUGGAUUAUGAAACAGAAAAACACCGAGGAUUUGCUUUUGUUGAAUUUGAGUUGGCAGAGGAUGCCGCAGCAGCUAUUGACAACAUGAAUGAAUCUGAGCUCUUUGGACGGACAAUUCGUGUCAAUUUGGCAAAACCAAUGAGGAUUAAGGAGGGCUCUUCCAGACCAGUGUGGUCAGAUGAUGACUGGCUGAAGAAGUUUUCUGGGAAGACUCUUGAAGAAAAUAAGGAGGAGGAGGGGUCAGAGCCUCCCAAAGUGGAAACCCAGGAGGGGGAGCCCAAGGCAAAAAAGGCCCGCUCAAACCCUCAGGUGUACAUGGACAUCAAAAUUGGGAACAAGCCAGCUGGCCGCAUCCAGAUGCUGCUGCGUUCGGACGUUGUCCCCAUGACAGCAGAGAAUUUCCGAUGCCUGUGCACCCACGAGAAGGGCUUUGGCUUUAAGGGAAGCAGCUUCCACCGGAUUAUCCCCCAGUUCAUGUGCCAGGGCGGCGACUUCACGAACCACAACGGCACAGGGGGCAAGUCCAUCUUUGGGAAGAAGUUCGACGAUGAGAACUUUAUCCUCAAACACACGGGACCAGGCCUGCUCUCCAUGGCCAACUCUGGCCCAAACACCAACGGCUCCCAGUUCUUCCUGACGUGUGACAAGACGGACUGGCUGGAUGGCAAGCACGUGGUGUUUGGGGAGGUCACAGAAGGCCUGGAUGUCCUGCGGCAGAUUGAGGCCCAGGGCAGCAAGGACGGGAAGCCAAAGCAGAAAGUGAUCAUCGCCGACUGCGGGGAGUAUGUGUGAGUCUGCGCUGGCCAUCUCUGUGCCGCCCCUGCCUGUCCACGAUCCAUCCGCCUGGGAACCAGCACUUGAGGUCGCUGUCCCCUCUGUGGCGAGCAGGGAUGUGUGUUGUGGCCCUUCUUGGGGCCAGCUUGGAGUGGCUCUUGUGCAGAUGCAGCCCGGACUCCCUCUGGCUCUCUCCCAGGUGUGGCUCUGCCCGGGAGCGCACAGAGGCACCGCCUUCCCCACUGGGGACGGGCUGCACGUGGCCUUUUCUAGGCCUUUGCUGCCACGGCUUCUCCUGGGCCCACCCGUGGGGCUCCUGGACAUUGCUUCUGGUAAAAUAAACCCUCGUUCUUGUACUGCUGAGUCCAGCUAGUUCCUAGGGGUUGUCAGGGAUGGCGUCUGUGGCUGAGCGGUCCUGCUGAGUUAGGCUGCCAGAGGGGUAGGGCUUAGCUUUUCUUUCCUCCCUUGGGUGGAUUCCCGGAGAUGCCAGGUGGGAGAUCUGAAGCCAGUACCCUUGUCAGACCAUGGUCAGGAUAAUGGAAAUCAGAAAUACCGAAGACGUCCCUGUGUCCUGCUGCCUCCACUCUUAAACUCCUGGCCAGUCCUUGAGGCAGCAAGGGUAUGUUAUGAUUCUCAACAAUUCAUUUGUUUCUCCAUAGUCAGUCUACAGAGGUUUUUUUAAGUAAGCUCUACGCCCAGUGUGGGGCUUGAACUCAUGACCCUGAGAUUGAGAGUCGCCUGCUCGAAUGACUGAGCCAGCCAGGCACCCCCAUUCUAUGGAAUUUGUAAAUGCUAUUUUAUAACUCGAAGUGCCUUCUCUGUGCCAGGUAUUUUGCUUACUUGUCUGGAGGCAGGCGGUCACCCAAUUCUGUGGGCCUAAUUCAGCCUGCUGCUGCUUUUAUGCAUAAAGUUACUGGAAUCCAGCCAUAUCCAUCCAUUUACAUGUUAUCUGUGACUGCGUCCCUACUGCAGGGACAGAUACUGUAUGGUCUCUGGGUUAGAGCUUUCCAGAGAAACAGAACCAGUAGGAUAGGUGUAGGUAUGCAUAUAGAGAUUGAUUUAUUUUAAGGAUUUGGUCCCAUGAUUGUGGGGGGUAGCAAGUCGGAAUUCUGCAGGGCUGGUAGGCUGGAGACCCAGGAAAGAGUUGAUGUUGCAAUUUGAGUCCAAAGGCUGGCUGGAGGCAGAAUUCCUUCUCCCUCAUGCAGUCUCUGUCUUCUCUCUCUGAAUAGCCUUCCACUGAUUAGAUGAGGCCCACCCACAUUAUGGAGGGUAAUCUGUGCUACUUCCAAUCUGUUGAUUUAGAGCCAACUGACACAUGAAAUGAACCAACACAGCUUCAAAGCCUAAAAUAUUGACUGCUUGAACCUUUACAGGAAGAGCUUGCUAAUUGCUGAAAGACAUAGCCCCACCCCCUGCUGAGCUCUGCUCCUUCUAAUGCAGUCACUGCUCACAUCAGGCUGGCUUCUCUCUCCCCUCCCUCUCCACAUACUUCCCUCCCCACAUACUGCUCAGUCAGGUGGUUUUUGAGAAUCCCUCACCUGCUGAAGACCCCAAGCAGGGACUGAGCCCUAUGGCCACUAGACACCUCUCUGAUUGGGUUACUAAGACCAUUCAGAAUCCACUGGGCUGGGCUUUUUCAUCUUGAGAUCUGGACAAGCCAGGUGCAGGAGAGGCCUGAUGCCUCCUGGGCCUGGUGGCCCCAGGAGCGCUCCUGUGAGGGAUGAUGGCAUUCUCGCCCUGCCUCUGGCUUCUCUGGGCCCAACAGACUCCCACCCUUUGCUGAGCUCCUGCUCGGGGUUUCUGUCUCCCUGUGGCCAGGAUGUACCACAUGGUUACCCUUGGCCCUGUGGGGCUUCCAAAGGAGACCUUCCCCCAAAGCGCAGGCCUCCACUGUGAGGGCAAACGCUGGCCAUCACAGGUCAGUCACUAGGAAAGUUUGUGUUUAAAGGGCAUAGCAUGGUGCAUGGCCACCUCCCAAGAGGGAACUAACUUCUGUGACAAUGACCUUGUUGCUUUCUCUUCUUCUCUGUUAACACCCACUGGGCACCACUGCCCAUCCCAGUGCACUCUGGAGUAUCCACAGGUAUUAUCAUCGUAUCCGCAGUGGAACUCUAUACAGAGGGAAACCAAGGCUCGGGUGACAUGCACCCAGAAUAUGGCAGAGCUGGGAUAGGAAGCUUGGCCUGCCUCCCCAUACUUGAAUGUGGUCCUGGGAGGUUUACUGGGCUCUAGCCUCAGGCUAUGGCAGGGGCCCAAGGCCCUGGAGGAAGACACAGUCAUGGUCCUUAUAAUUAGUCUGGACCCUCUGGGGAGACCCAAGGAAGCCAUGCUCUUCUCUGCCAGGCAGGAGGGGCCUGGGGCCCAGGGAAGAGUGGCCCCAUGGCCUGGUUCGGCUGUCACAGCCCAGCACCAGCCUGUUCCGUGGGAAGUCUCUGCACUGACAGAAGUGGACCUGAAGAUGCCGUGCAGCAUCUGCUAUGGCCCAAAGGGCAGAGUGCCUUCCUUGGUCUGCCUGGCUCCCAUCCAGGGUGGCCUGGUUGGUGUACACGUUGUUCCAUUGUGGCAAACAGGGCUGAGUUUUGCCAGUGCACAGAGUCCUUUGGGCUGUGGCCCUGAGAUCAGGCCUGCGGCUGCUGGAGCUCCCUCUCAAACAGCAGGUCUGCCUUCAGGCACGGUGGGCUCUAGGUGCCAGUCAUGACAGCCUGCAGCAACCCUCCCAGGAAGGCUAGGGACCUACUUUUUAGUCGUGAACACUGAGUCUCGUAUGCUUCGGGGGUUAAAAAUCUAAAAAGCCAUGUUUUCAAAAAACAUUAACAGGAAAAUUUUUUUACUGCAUAAUAAAGUGGGAAAGCGUAUUUCAAAACAAUUUACAGAAGACAGUAUGAUCCCAAUUUUGUAAAAAUAUCUGUCUAUAAUAUAUAAACAUCUGUAUGUGUAUAUGCUAAGAAAAAAGCCUAGAAAUAAAUUCACCAAAAUAUUAA